AUGCGACCUCCACCGCGCAGCAAGAAAAGUCCUCAGAAGAAGCCGCGGAGGCGCUACAACCACGCGAAGAAGCGGGAGAUGAUCCUCGAGAUGGAAUCGGCCUCUACACGCCAGCUGGAGGCUGAGACGGGGAUCCCCAACAGCAACCUUGCAAGGUGGAAGCAACAAGCGGACGCCAUCCUCAACUUUGAGGGCAACAUGAAACACCUCCACGGAGCAGGGCGUCCCAACUGCAUUCCCGACUCCGACGGCCUCGAAAUCUUCAUGCACAAGCGCCGCGACGCCGAGAAGGCCUUGACAUGCACGCACUUGGUCAACUUCCUCAAGCGCAACAACAAGGACUGGCUCGAGCGAUACCUGGCGAACAAGACAAGCGGCUACAAGUCCCUGCUCAAGCUCCUACAGCGGUUCUGCAGCGACCACGGCUUCUCACGACAGAAGCCAUCGAAGGCCAAGCGAACUCAAUCGUGA